AUAUGCAUAGGGGAGGGGCUGUGCAGUCAGUACAGUAAUCGAACAGAUGAAGACUCGGUGUUAUCCAAGUUGCAGUGAUUUACAAUACCUAUAUCAAAUUUAAAUUAGAGUUGUCGGAACAAGUCACAGUUUGUUCAAUAAAUUGAAUCUACACCCACAAAAUCGACCAUGCCAAGGUCCAAAAAAGCAAAAGCAGCAAAAAUGAGGGAGGCAGCGAAAAAACUGGCUCGCCAAUCUGCCCAGGCUUUGCUAAAUCCUUUUUCACUCAAUCAGCUGCCCAAUGCAGACACCCCGGAUUUAAACAAUGAAGGGACUGCGAUCCCUUUGGAACCGAUCAUCACCAUCAGCGUCAAACAGGAACCGGAACGGGAAAUCGAAGUGAGUUCUUUCGAAGCGGAAGUCAAAGUGGAGCCGCUGGAACCGGCGACGGAAGGGGAAGAACUGGACCCAAUCGGGGCAGCCAAUGAUGAACCAGAGGAGUUUGACCAGAAGCAUUUCGAGCUGGCACCGUUAGACCCGCAUGAUCCCCGCUGCCAGUUCUGCUUAAAACCCUUCCGGGAAUCCGGAGGACAAGGCAUCAUUUCGCGGAAACGGAUUGUGUUCGUCUUGGGCGAACGGCGCUGGGGAUCUCCUCGGGAGCAUCCUAGGUGCUGCAAUAGUUGCAAGCAGCUAUUCGAGCUGUUCUACGAGUUCAAGAGAUCCUGUUUGAUAGCUUUGACCCGACCGGAACUGCUUUUAGCCAGCUUGGCUAAAACUGAGAGGCACGAGGUGCCCGUUCUGGAAGGGGAGACAAAGUUCAAAUGGAUCCAAGGGUCCACGGAAGAAACAGAAGUCGAAGAUCCCGAGUCACAUCCGCAGGAUAUGGAGCAAAGGAAUGAAGGACUGGGAGUAGAUUUUCAGGAAAAGGAGAUUGAAGAAAAUCAGGUUUCUCAAUUUCUUGACGAUACGGACGAUAAGCAAGAUCGUACCGAGAAUUAUUCUGAUUGGGAAUCUGAAAAAUCAUACCCUGAAACAGGGGACUUAUCGUCGAAGGAAGGCCACACUAAGCGGCAGAACAAGAAGCCUAAGGACAGUACAAGGAAGUACUGUUUCCGUUGUAAGAAGUUUUACGAAACGGAAGCCGUCUACUGGGAGCACAAACCAAGCUGCACCAGACCACCGCGAGAUCCACCACCGCUGGCGUGUCCUCAGUGUCCGAAGAGGUUCAAUCGCCAGGAGCAGCUGAUGUAUCACGUUAACCAACAUAAUGGAAUAAGAACGGUGCCCUGCCGCCGAGAGGGUUGCACAAAAAUGUUCUUCCGGCCCAGCGUUCGCCAAAGGCACGAAUUGUUUUGCGGUAAGGAUCCGCAGAUUAUGUGCACCAUGUGCGCCGCUAUCUUUCGCUCGAGUAGCGCCUUGGCAGCUCACAUGGCCACCCAUGGGGAUCCGACGUACAUCUGCGAGGUGUGCAACAAGGGAUUCUACACGAAAGCUAGUCUGCAAAAGCACGCUCCAGCCCACUCCGGGGAGCGGAAAUUCGAGUGCAAAGUGUGCGGCAAGCGUUUCAAGUCCUACGAAGCCAAUCGGGUGCACCAGCGGAUCCACACCCAGGAAAAGCCGUACAUUUGUCCCAACUGCGGUAUGGCUUUCAUGUACAAGUGCAUACUGAAAACGCACCUGCAGAAGGGGCAGUGCGUCGGACAGGCUUCGGUGGAAUUAGCGCAAAAUGAGUUGGCUAAAGCCACCAGUUCCAUGGAGAUCCAGAUGACUUAGAUUGAAGGUAGGAAGGUUUUGAAUUAGCAAUAAAGGACGCGCUAUUAGUUGGA